GUGAAUAUCUGUGAAACUACAACAACCACACGUCCUUGCAUGCUCUCAGGAAGAAAAUCAGAAAGCUUGGUAUAAAUCUACUUCCGCCUCUGAGGUCAUUCCUUUCCUGUCUACGGCCUCCAGCAAGAUGGCGGUGCAAAUAUCCAAGAAGAGAAAGUUUGUAUCAGACGGCAUCUUCAAAGCCGAACUGAACGAGUUCCUGACCCGCGAGCUCGCUGAGGAUGGCUACUCUGGAGUGGAGGUUCGUGUCACUCCCACUAGGACAGAGAUCAUCAUUCUUGCCACCAGGACACAGAACGUCCUGGGAGAGAAAGGCCGUCGUAUUAGAGAACUGACUGCAGUUGUUCAGAAGAGGUUUGGCUUCCCAGAGGGUAGUGUGGAGCUUUAUGCUGAGAAAGUUGCCACCAGGGGUCUGUGCGCCAUCGCCCAGGCUGAGUCUCUGCGUUACAAGCUGCUUGGAGGCCUGGCUGUCCGUAGGGCAUGCUAUGGUGUCCUGCGCUUCAUCAUGGAGAGUGGAGCCAAGGGUUGUGAGGUGGUUGUGUCUGGCAAGCUCAGGGGCCAGAGGGCCAAGUCCAUGAAGUUUGUGGACGGCUUGAUGAUCCACAGCGGAGACCCCGUCAACUACUACGUCGACACCGCUGUCCGCCACGUCCUGCUCAGGCAGGGUGUGCUGGGUAUCAAGGUCAAGAUUAUGCUGCCCUGGGAUCCCAGCGGCAAGAUCGGCCCCAAGAAGCCCCUGCCCGACCAUGUCAGCAUCGUGGAGCCCAAGGAUGAGGUCCUCCCCACCACCCCCGUGUCUGAACAGAAGGGAGUCAAGCCUGACGCCCCUCCAGUCAUGCCACAGGGUGCCCCUGUACCCACCGCUUAAAGGGUCUGCGUCAAUAGAUGGACAGAACACCACCAGAAUUUUCUGUACAAAAAUAAAAAAAAUAAGAACCAUG